GAGCAGAGCUUGCUUCCGACCAACGUGCUACGCUUGAUUGGACAAGCCCCAAGAUAAGGUAUGCAGCGACCGCCCGACUUCACCCCGGCCAUAAUCCCGGCCGCUAGUAUUCGAAUGCUACCCUGAAUCUCUCCAAGGCGCAGCUGAGCGGUGAUCGAAAAAGCACCUUCUAUAAACUCACAUGUUCAACGCUAUCUAGAUUCGCUUUCCGGUGCCAAACCCACGCUUUACCCCCGGUGUUUUGCGUGGAUUAGGGGUUCGGAGCGUGCCUAGGUACAGAGCCAGCAGACUUGUUCAAAGGGACUUCAACGAAUCAGAGUGUCGGAUUACCGAACAUCUCUACGUCCCUGUUCCUGCUUAUCCUGGUUGCGUAGGUGUAUAAGUGGGUGAAGCUUUAUGGGCAGAUAUAUAAAGUGUGUCCGCCUCAAUUCUUGGCGUACCGAAAGAUUUACCCUCUUGUUGUCACCACUUCCCUCUGUUCUGGCGUCAAGUGACUAUCAACCAAGGCCAAUAAACUGUACUUUCCUGGCAGAUACCUAGUACAAGUAAAUAACAGUGACAAUCAAGAUGGUCCGCUUUACCACCGUAGCCGCCUUAUCGACGGCCGCCCUCCCCGGUACCAUGGCCUGGGGAGCGAUGGGCCACGAGACCGUCGCUUAUAUCGCCAGUAACUACGUUAGCUCGGCGACAAAGUCGUACUUCCAGGGCCUUCUGGGCGACACCUCCGCCAACUACCUCGCCAGCGUCGCCGCAUGGGCUGACAGCUACCGGUACACGACCGCCGGCAGGUUCUCCGCGCCGUACCACUACAUCGACGCCAACGACAACCCACCGUCGACUUGCGGCGUCAAUAUGGACCGAGAUUGCGGCUCCGAGGGCUGCAUCGUUCGCGCGCUCCAGAACUACACGACUAUUCUUCUAGACCAGAAGGUCAGCAAUGCUAACCUACAGAUCGCCGCCAAGAUGGUCAUCCACUUCGCCGGCGACAUAGGCCAGCCCCUUCAUUGCGAGGCUCUAGAAGUAGGCGGUAACAGCAUCGAUGUCCAGUAUGAUGGUGAUGACACCAACCUACACGCCAUCUGGGACAGUAACAUCCCCGAAUCCAUCUCAGGCGGUUCUUCUCUGUCCACCGCAAAGUCGUGGGCUACGACUCUGAUCAAGGAAAUCGACUCUGGCGACUAUAAAUCCCAAGCCGCGGGCUGGGUUAGCGGGCUGAGCGUGAGCUCGUCCGCUAACCAGGUAUCAACAGCGCUGAAGUGGGCCACUGAGAGCAACGCGUACGUGUGCUCGACCGUUCUCAAGGGCGGCGUCAGCGCCGUCGAGAACAAGGAUCUUAGCGGCGACUACACGACGACCGCGCAGCCCGUCGUCGACCUGCAGAUCGCGAAGCAGGGGUACCGGCUCGCGAAGUGGCUCGAUGCUAUCGUUGCUGCUAUGUAAGGAAUGAAGAAAAAUAGCUAAGGGAGUUCAGGUGUCGUGUUUGUGUUAGGACGACUAAGUAGACUACCUACCUAGUUACUGAAGACUUACGAGAGAUGAAUAAAAUC